AUGACAGUGGAGAAGUUUGAUCAAUACUGCAAUCAUCUCUUUGUGAAGGGGACAACUCCAAAUCUCCCAGGUAUUUUGGUUGGUGGGACAGUCCAGAACCAGAACCGCUACAAGCUGAUUUGCCAGAAGUACAAGAAAAUCUACAGGUUUGCAACUCUCUACGACACGACCAACAGGAUCCCUGUGUUCUCAGCCUACACCUUCACUGGUGAUGGGGGCAAGAGACCAGAAAAUAAAUCCUGGAUGAUAGAGCCCCAGCUUGAAAAUAUAACUAUAAAAGAGAUGAAAACCCAAGAGGAACUGAAGGUGCAUAAUAAUAAUAUAGAUAUAAUAAUCAACCAUCAGGCUGCAGACGCAGACUACUACAAACAGUACCGUAAAAAUAACAAAAAGUUUCUGGACAGAGGUCACCUUUUCCCAUGUUCGUAUGCACCUGAUAAUGAUACCAAGAUGUCCACUUUCACCCUGACAAACAUCGUUCCCCAGUACCACACCUUCAACGGGGGUAGCUGGGAGAAAAUGGAGCUCAACGUCAGAGAAUCUCUUGAGGAGAACUGUACGAACAACAACAAGAUAAAGGCCUAUGUGGUGACUGGAGCGGUGCCCAACAAGAAGAACAACAAACUGAAGGAACGAGUGAACAUCCCAGAUAUCCUGUGGACAGCCCUCUGCUGUUACAACAACAAGAAGAACAAGUGGAUGGCCGGAGCACACUGGGGGGAGAACGUACCGAACGGGAAAACUUUUAAACUGAAAACCUUGGGAGAACUCGAAGACAAGUUGAAGAACAGCUACAAGGUUGAUGGUUUUCAGGUGUUCCCAAAGAAGUGUAAAGAACCGUUAUUCUGAGUGUAUUAGAGGACGAGACAGGGAGGAACAGAGAGAGAGUAGAACAGGAUUAGACAGGGAGGAACAGAGAGUAGAACAGGAUGAGACAGGGAGGAACAGAGAGAGAGAGUAGAACAGGAUGAGACAGGGAGGAACAGAGAGAGUAGAACAGGAUGAGACGGGGAGGAACAGAGAGAGAGAGUAGAACAGGAUGAGACAGGGAGGAACAGAGAGAGUAGAACAGGAUGAGACAGGGAGGAACAGAGAGAGUAGAACAGGAUGAGACAGGGAGGAACAGAGAGAGAGUAGAACAGGAUGAGA